AUGUCUCCCAAGAUUACCGGGAAAAGCAAUGAUAAUCCAAAUGUCCAGCAACUGGAAUCUAUAUUCAAAAAAGUGUACUAUAGAUGUGGUAUUGUCCCUGGAAAAACAGAGGAUGAGUUUCAAGAUAUUUUUGAAGAGACGUAUUUAGAUUCACAAAUAAUGACAUCUAAUACCAUGUCCACUGUCAUUGAAAAUCCAUCUAAUACCAUGUCCACUUUCGUGGACAGUGCAGUAACGUAUUUUGCUGGAUGGAUUGUUAGAAAAGUUACCAAAACAAAAGAUAGUAACGAGUGUAGAUUAGCACUCAUUGAUAUAAAAGGACAAGCUACCAUGUUACACCAACAGCUUCUAAUACUAAAAGACAAUGGUGAUUUGCCGUGUCACCGAAAGACACUUGAAAAUGGUGACAGACUGGUCUAA